UAUACCUCAACAAUCCUGCCAUCAUUCUUUGUCAGGAAAACUGUAGACAAAACAGACCAGUUCACCAUGGUGUCCAGUUCUUUAUCUGUACAUGAGCUCUGUGAGCAGGAGUUCUCGAUGGAUUGGUUCAUAGAAACAGCAUUGAAAUAUAAACUAAGUGGUCGCAGUCUGUCAGAGCUCUGUGAUCACAAUACUGCAGUGGCUAAAUCACUACAGAGGCAUCAGAUAGCCCAGACCUGGCAGAUGGUGAAGUUAUUCUUUGCUGAAGUUCCCAUCACUCCAGCCCAGACACGUACUGCUUCUGUGAUGGCUAAUGCCAAUGAUGCCCAUAAAUCAAUAGAUGACAGAAGUAAAGGCUCCCUCAAUGGUUCACACUUACAAGACAACAAAACCAUAAAUGCCGUCCCUGAACAUCAAACUGGUGACACAUCAACAGGUAUAAGUGACGAAUCUGAUAUUGAUGAUUCCGAAACUGAAAAAAAUCUCACCAGUAUUGCCAGCGGAUUGACCAAUCAGCAUGGAGAUUUCUUUUUUGGGGAUGGAGAGGUUGACCAGACAACUUUUGAAGAUGAGACCCUUGCAAAUCUUGAGAGUAACAGGAUCCAUGUUGCUUCUUCACCUGUGCCAAGUUGGGAGCUAAGGGAAUGGAGUAAACUUCCAAAUGAGGCUUUCCAGCCACGUCAUGAAAUUAUUGAUCGCACAUCAUCCCCCGAUCAUCUCCAACAUACAGAAGAGCCAUCUAGUGGCAAUAAUGACUCUGAUAGCAAUACGCAACAAAUGGAAAUCCAAGAAUUUGGAAAUAACCAGAAAAUACUCCAAGCGCCACCUUUUAUUAGCACUCUUCAUUCAUGGAAGUUUGUGGACAAUGUAAAAAAGAUAUUGCAUUAUUACGCUGAACAGAGUGAUGUUCAGAUGUCUGUGUCAUUGCUGGUUGUCCUUGGCGACAAGAUCCGUGACCACAUUGAUGAACUAACGCAGGAGCAUUGGUUUAUUUCUUAUAUUGAACUGCUGUCUAGGUUCAAGCUUUACACUGUAGCCAAUGAAGUGAUCAAGCUGAGUAACCAUGCAUCAGUGAGUGUCCUCAAUCAGGAGUCAACUACAAUACAUACCAACUGCAACAAUUGCUCAAAGUCACUACUAAGGUCUGGUUGGGUCUGUGAUAGAUGUAAAAAGAUUACAAAUACAUGCAGUAUAUGUCAUCUAGUGGUGAAAGGACUGUAUGUUUGGUGCCAAGGCUGUUCACAUGGUGGGCAUAUACAACAUAUUAAGGACUGGUUCUCUCGUAGCCGUAACUGUCCUACUGGCUGCGGACACUUGUGUGAAUUCACUUGACACAUGCCAGGACACACGUAGGAUCAUUUGACACAAGUUAUGAUACUUGAUAGUAAAGAUGGCAGCUGAUACACUUGCAUUGACACAUGUGAACACUAGAUGCAAGCAUUGACACAUGUGAAAAUGGAUGCAGG